CCGGGUACCCGGUUCCGGAUUCAGACAAACCGGGUACUCGGAACCGGUACUGGUUUAGUUAUAAAAAUUUAAUUUUUUUUUGUAAAAAAACCUACAGUCCAGUACAAAAGUAGGCCCAUUUAUUCAUUUUCACGGUUUACAGACUUUACACUAGGGUUUUCUACUUUUCUGCCAGCCUCCAACUUCAUUUCAAUGUCUCUUUCUCCGUAACUCCCUUCCUUUUUCCCUUUCCUUCCUUCAUUCCUUCCUAUUAUUUAUUCCCCUUCUCUCAAUCUCCAACUUAAUCGCAACUAAACCCCCAAACAAACCCAUAAUCAAUCAAUCAUUCAAUCGAUCAGUAAUCCCCUGUUCAAAAUAUAGCAUCAACAAUGGCGUCUUCAAAGAACGAGCAACAACAAGUAUUCCAAGAUGAACUUCCAUUAAUGGCGGAAAAGCUUGGCGGAGAUAAUUUAAUUGGAGAAUUAUGUAAAGGGUUUGAGUUGCUUGUUGAUAAUGAUAAAGGGGUUAUUACAUUUGAUAGUUUGAAGAAGAACGUUGCUAUUCUGGGGUUGCAGGAUCUUACCACUGAUGAUUUAAGAAGUAUGUUGCGUGAAGGUGAUUGUGAUGGUGAUGGUGCGCUUAAUCAGAUGGAGUUUUGUGUUUUGAUGUUUAGAUUGAGUCCUGAAUUGAUGGAUGAAGCCAAGUUUUUGCUUCACCAACAACUUCAAUUUGCUUUUCUAUUUUGUGUGCUAUUUUGGUUUUAAUUUGUCUGAUUAUUGACAUAUGUUAGAUUUUAGGGUUUAGGUUUUUGUGAGAGUUUGAAUAGUGUGAUGGUUUUGCAGAAUUGGGUUUUGAAGGAAGUCCAUCAAUGGCGAUUGCCGAAUUAACUAGCAUUAUUUUACUAUUGAAUAAGACCGGGUACCCAGUUUUGGAACCGGUUCCUACUGGUUCCGGGACCAUUUCUAAGAAACUUGGAUUCGGUAUUAACCGGUUCCAAAACCAGUUCCAAUUCUUGGGACCCGGUCAUAACCGGUUCCGGAUCUGGGUCUUGAGAAUA